CCCUGCGGGUGCAGCCCGGGCAUCGACCAUGCCGCUGCUCCCGGCCGUCGGGGCCGGGACCUGGCCCUGCUGCGGCCUCCCCCUCACGCGUCCUUUCUCCCAAGCGACGCGGCGUGGGGGGCGACCCGGCGGGGAGGAGCUCGGCCGCCUGCCCCUGGAUGACCUGGCGUCGGUGCCGCGGCCGGCCGGCGGCCCGGAGCUCCUGUUUGGCCUCUCCCCGUGCCUCUUGGCGCUGCAGGCCGCCCGCCGCCGCGUCGCCCGGCUCCUGCUCCAGGCCUGCAGGUCGGGGCUGCAGGGGCAGCGGGCCGAGCUGCUGCGCGCGGCCGAGGCGCGGGCCAUCCCGGUGCUGCGGCCCCGGCGGCGGGAGCUGGACGCCCUGUGCCGUCACCAGGUUCACCAGGGCGUCUGCAUGGAAGUGAGCCCGCUGCGACCCCGGCCCUGGGCCGAGGCCGAGGCGGCCCGGCCAGGAGACGACCCCCAGCAGCUGUGGCUCGUCCUCGAGGGGCUGCAGGAUCCCCGGAAUCUUGGGGCCGUGCUGCGCUCCGCUCACUUCCUCGGAGUGGAUAAGGUCAUCACCAGCCGGAGAAACAGCUGCCCGCUCACUCCAGUAGUCAGCAAGGCCAGCGCCGGGGCUAUGGAGGUGAUGGACGUGUUCUCCACUGAUGACCUGGCCGCUUUUUUACAGGCCAGAGCCCGGCAGGGCUGGCUCGUGGCUGGCACAGUGGGCUGCCCGAGCCCUGAGAUCGCCCCAUCCUCCAAGAUCCCCAUCACUUGCUGCUUGGAUUUCCUCUGGGACCGGCCUACCCUCCUCGUGCUGGGGAACGAGGGCUCUGGUCUGUCCCGGGCAGUGCAGGCCUCCUGCCAGCUUCUCCUCACCAUCCUGCCCGGCCGGCAGCUGCCUCCUGGACUCGAGUCCUUAAACGUCUCUGUGGCCGCAGGAAUCCUUCUUCACUCCAUUUGCAGCCAGAGGAAGGGGUUCCCAGUGGAAGGGAGGAGAGAGCAACUUCUCCACGACCCCCAGGAUCCCUCGGCCUCAUCUGAAGCAGCCAGAGCAGCUCAGCACCCAGGACUGUCCUCAGGAUCGGAAAAGAAGAGCCAAGACGGGGGCUAACUGGGACUGUCCACGGUGUCUGUGUGCUGGGAUCGCACGCACCCACACCCUCGAAUGUGCUGGAGUCUCUUGUCUUCUUGAGUGGGCAUCAGGCCUCUGUUUAUAAACCACUGUCCUGGGGAGCCAGGAGCUUUGCAGUAGAGGCCACAGGAAGUUCAGUUUCCCAUUUUUUUGGACUUGCGGUUGGAGGUGGCAGCUUGUUAAUUUCUGCGCUGCGCUGGGACAGAGGGUCUGUUUCUUCCCAGGUCCCACCUGGAAGUGAGGGGGAGUUUCGGACAUCAGAAAGAAGGGCAUCGGGCAGCCCCAUCCAGGGUCCUCUUCCUCCUGGACGGGUGUGAGAAGGCAGAGGGAAGCCCGGGGUACUCCUGUGGGCCAGACAGGUGCAAAUCCAGGCUCAAACCCUGUGAACACACGGCUUCAUCUUUCUAACCCCUAGGGCUAUUGUCAGGAUCCAGUGAAACAUCACUUGAUAUCCAGCAGGCACCCCUUCUCUCUGGUUCCUCCACUAGGUGGCAGCCUUGCUCUUUGGUCCACAGUCCCUUUGGGAAGCUCUCUCAGCCACCUGGGGAGAUUCCUGGCUGUGGCCCACCCGAGAGAGGCAGGAGAAAGAUUAGCAAAUAACUGUCAAUUCACUGGUCCUCCAGUACUCACCAUGGGUGAGUCACCAGUUAGUUGGCCUCCAUGGAAGGACCUGCCGAACCAGAGUUCUGGCCUUUGCUUCUGGGAGGUGGUGAGGACCUUGGAGAUUUGCUGUUUAUUGUACAACCCAGACAGAUUUGGUACUCCUUUCCCAGGCUCCCAUGAGUGGAGCAGAAGCCACUAGGAUAAGUACCUUGGAGCAGUCUUGGCUGCUCACUGGAACCACCUGGCAAGCUUUGAAGAACAGCUGACACCCCUCUCAGCCUGAUGUAAUUGGUCAGUGUGCAACAUGAACAUCCGACUUUCUGUUUUUUUAAAGGAUUUUAUUUGUUUUCUUUUUUGGCCGUGCUGGGUCUUCACUGCUGCUCGGGCUCUUCUCUAGUUGUGGAGAGCAGGGCUGCUCUAGCUGUGUGCGCGGGCUUCAGUAGCUGCGGCACAAGCGCUCCGCGGCUGCAGCUCCCCAGCUUCUAGAGCACAGGCUCAGUAGUUGCGGUGAAUGGGCUUAGUUGCCCUGCGGCACGUGGGGUCUUCCCGGAUCAGGGAUCCAACCCUUGUCCCCUGCAUUGGCAGGCGGAUUCUUUACCUCUGAGCCACCAGGGAGAUUCUGAACAUCUGAAUUGUUAAAGCUCCCCGAGCUGGGUUCCAGUUGCAGCCCAGGCCGGGACCCAUUAGGUUUCUACUGAUGUUCUGGGCUGGGUAACUUGUGAAGGCCUGUCUUGUGCAUUGUAGGGUGUUUAGCAGCAUCUCUGGCCUCUGCCCACAAGAUGACAGUAAGCACCCUCUGUCUCCUGAGUUGUGACAACCAAAAACAUCUCUAGACGCUGCCGUGUGUCCCCAGGGAGAUGGGAUCAGCCCUUGAGCAGCACUGCUUGGGAGCGUGGGUCUGGGGGAUGGCCGCCGGAGGUGCAGGUCCUAACCCUGUGACCUUGGCCAGUUCCUCACCCUCCUGCUCCUAGUGGGCGGGGAUAAUCCUGCCUGCCUGGGUGGCAGGGAGGGGAGAGGCAGGAGAAUUCAGGGCCUUACACAUUGUAGAUGCUUGGUAAGUAGUACUGCCAUAUUCUCUGUGGGAUGGAUUCAUCUCGAAUUCUAAUGGUGAUGCCAGUUUAGAAAGACUGACUUCAAUUUUAAAAAAGCCAAAGAUGGGACUUCCCUGGCAGUCCAGUACUUAAGAUUCUGUGCUCCCAAGGCAGGGGGCCUGGGUUUGAUCCCUAGUCAUGGAACUAGAUCCCACGUGCUGAAGCUAAGACCUGGUGCAGCCAAAUAAAUAUUAAAAAAGAAAAAAAAAAUCGUAUAAUUCCAGCUGAUUUGGAUUGUUGUACAGCAGAAAACAACAUUGUGAAGCAGUUUUCCUCCAAUU